GUUCAGUACUAAGGUAGGUAACCUGCCACUUUGUUAGUUGAAGCUGGUUAACCAACAUAUGACCUCUCCUUUUCCAAUCCCAAAGCGAAACUAUUUCUAAAAGCUUCACUAACACUUAUGCCCUCAUUGACUCUAUCAUCCGACUGGAAAUACUAUCGUCGUCAUCAUCAUCAUGGCGGCUCAUGUCACGCUGGGUGCUGCGAAGAUGGUGCUCUUGGCUGUACACUUCGCAACCAUCGCCGACAUCGAUAGCUUGACCUAUCUCAUUGGUCAACAUGCAGCAAUACUACGGCCAGAACUGGUGCUCCGAAUCAUUCUCACAUAUCUUCCCGAAACCCUCAAUCCGGCGGUGUAUGUACCUCUCAUACAAGCCAUAGCCAGCGGCGAGUCGCCAUUACAGACAAGUCCAGACUACCAGCUCGACACUUCUUCUGUUCAAAGUAUAACAGAAGAUCAGGCUUCAAGAAAAGUCAAGAGACUUCAUCUUCUCUCCCUCAAAAAUACUGAUGUGCCUCUCGCUCUCGCUCACGAGGCUGAUCCACUCACCUCUUUCUUACUUUUGAGGGCUUACAGAAUGGACGAAGAAGCGGGCAUGUUACCACAAGUUCCUGACCUAGUAUCCCCAUUUCUGCAGCAUUCGCAAGAACUUCACAAAUGGAUGAUUUCCACGGUACUCCCUCUAGUCAGACGAAACUACGAGUAUUAUCCACAAAGACCUAUACGGUAUUCGCUGCUUGAGUUCCAGAAUCUACCUGACAGAACGGCCAUCGAUUAUCUACUCGCUGAGACAGGUGCCGUCGAUGAUGAGUUUGGCCUGGCUGGCCGUGAUCUGAGUGGGCUUGUUGGGCCUUGGCUGCAUAACGAAUCGAGGUGGAAACGCGAGGCCUUUGACCAAGACGUAUCAAAUGAAACGGAUGCAGCGCCUGAAUUAUCAUGUCCUGGUUGGGAGCAGGCCCUCGAAUGGCUCGCCUCUACAGCGGCAACAUCCUGGCCAGUCGCUCUCAAAGCCAUUGAAUCCUGGGAUGGGCCAUCGGAUAUAGACCUGGGAAAUGAUACCGGCUCGUGGCUUCAGGAAAACCAACAGCAGUAUCUCGACCGCUCUUAUGCCAGAGCCGUCCUAGCUUCUGCAUAUCUUGUCUCUGAUGCCGACGUGGAGGCUUUGGAGGCAGCCUUCAGAAUUUGCAAUAAGAUUCGGUCCCUUUUGGAUGAAGACUCCGAUAUAACACUUCAAUCAGCAGUAGAAAAUCUUGCCCCUGUUCCACCUUUCGAUAUAGAUGCAUUGGGCGGCGCCAAAGCUGCGACAUACCUACGUAACGACCUACUACAAAGCUCAAAUCCUCUUACAACCCCCAAGGAGGAAUCUCUUGAUCUUCUCCCUGCUCUCAUCCAAAGCGCUUAUAUUCUUACACGCUCGGGCGUCCCCUGCACAGUCCGUAAAGCUGGGGAUCUAGCGUUUAUUCAAGAUCAGCAGGAACAAAAAUCGCAAAUUGGCCGGCUUAUACGAACUCUUCCAACCCGUGCAUCUGAUGACGAUGGUUGCUGGAUCCGGGCACGAAAAGAGAUACUAUGGCUGCACGGUUGGGGAAACAGUCCGAAGUCCACCGGGGACGAAACUUUACAGGGCAUAUUUGGCAAUGUGACCCUGGAGUUCAUUGAGACAGAGCUUUUGAAAGCGAUGCUCUCGCGCUCACGAUACAACCUAGCAAGAACCCUUUACGAUCAUGAAGGGCCAGAUGCGCCUCUGUUGGUAUCUGCCGUGUUAAACACUGCACAAAACGCAGCUCUUGGGGCAUUCGACAAUGCUUCAAAUCCAAACCGAAAUAGAGGGGGAUUGAAAAGAUGCGACGAAAUCCUCAAAGCUUUUCCGAGAACGUUAGGUACAAAUCAUCCCGUCAGAAAACGCAUCGAAGCAUUGUUGAAGGCUACUCAUGCCUUGAGCGACUAUCGCCUGGUACUCAAACAAGGCGAACCUUUCAGUCCUGUUGUACUUCGAGUGCACUCUGAUCCGGUCUCGAUUAUCGAGAAAGUUCUAGAACAAAAUCCCAAAGCAUACACACGUUUGCAAGAGUUUGAGGAACUGGGAAGCAACAUGAUCCAUGCGAAUUUGCCAAUUUACGUGAGGCCAGGCAAGCAGCAGCCGAUACCAGAGGAUCAAGACGCGGUCAAAUCAUUGGUUACAAGACGAAUCGUCGCCAUGUGCAUCAAAGCUGCUUUGCGCGAAGACGACUUCGAAACAGCAUACUCUUACGUGGUAACCCGUCUUGGUGCCGAUGAGAACGUACAUAAGUCGCAGCCUGCAGGCAUAUCUGACGAAUGGUCCUGGAAGGCAGCACUUGACGCUGGCAAGUAUGUCCGCACGGAGAGAUCCCAGAAGCCAACGCAUCUCGGAACGGCAAGUGGAAAUCCCGAGAUACGCCAUCUCGAGCAGCGGAUUGAGUGCCUAGCAACUUCUCUACGGAUAGCACCCCCGUCUCAGCUUCAGGAAGUAUUAAAGACCUUCCGUCGUUGCGAAGAGCAGUUGGAUGCUGCAAUCAAGGAGGAGGCUGCUCGAGAAGCUGCCUGGGACACCGCAGGUGACCUUUCGGGUCUCCCUGGCUCGUUCGAUACACCAGACCCAGACAAGGCUUAUCCACCCCGCAACAUAUCUGCCAGCGCGACAGCUCGUCAGGCUGAGGAAGCACCAAUGUCUCUCUUCGAUCUUUCCAGAGCCACAGCUAGGGUCGCGUCCAGGAACCUAACUGUGUUGUCAAGCUUGCAGGGUUCUUUUACAUCAGAUAAGACGAAUCCAGAGUCGGAGUCCUCUGAGUCCGAGUUGCAUGAGCAGAACAGAACAAGGAAGAGGGAUCAGCUAAGAGAGGCUGCGACUGGUACACUGGUAUCUGGCGUAGGGUGGCUGCUUGGAGCAAAUCCAAAUCGACCUACAAGUGGCCAGCAGUAACCAGACAUGUGCCCCAUUGGGGACCAUUUAUCAAAGAGGGCGAGGAAGCGGCCUUGAAAUAGCAGGUCGGGUUCUGUGGAAAGGAUAGGUCGCCAAAGGCAUACAUUCAACGCAAUCGACUAGCCAUCAAAGUUGCUUACAUUUUUCAAUUCCCAUGCGAGGGAUGCAGGCGGGCUGGGUCCUCAUUGUGAGUUGAGGGAAUCAUCUCCAUAUCGUUCCCUACUUACACAUAUAAUACGAAGCUAUAAUCAUCUCGAAAGUGUGACGGGCAGGUCAAAAUACCGAGUUGAAUAAGCGCGGAGACGUCAGGCGCAUCAAGGGUAGAAAUUUAAUAACACAAAUAUUUACAAAGUGAUAAACUGAAACUAGUCGAGAGAUUGCUUCUAUGGCAGCUAUUUAUCACAGGCAAUUUCUCGAUGUUCUUUGAAAUGAAUACAACGCACUGUCAAAGGCAUGCAUCGCUGGAUGCUUCAUGGCCGCAUGUAUGCUCUUUUGUAAUUCACCAUGAGUAAUAGGGAAGUUGAAAUAGCAUUUCCGCACGGCUAUAACUCUUGUUUGACUCGGUCCUUAAAGGAGCAUUGGCCCAACUCACUGUUCAGACUUGUUGCAGCGAACCCAUCGGCGGUUGUCCUCGUGUAUGAAAUCUGUCCAGUUUGGGGGAUCACCCUACCAUUUAGUCAGCAGGAUCACAACUUGCAGUCCUUACCAGUACACGGAUCCAGUCUUGUAGUUUUGCAAGAACUUAUACUGGAUGUUGGCGAUAAGUUUGCAGAAUCAUAAUCCCAGGGGUAUGUUGGAAGAGCUUGGCGAGAAGACGGUGGUUGAGAGGACUUCGCGUACCGAAUCGCUGAAAGCUGAGAAACAUUAUAAACCCCACGCGUGAGCCUAGUGAUAGUGGUUUUCAUUGAUUGUCAGAGUUGUAGGGGGUGUCAAGUUGUUUUACAGCGAUGUGUGAUUUGAUUGGCGGUGGGUGAAACAUUUACAGGCGUCUCUGAGUCAAUAACUAAAGUCAGUCAGGACGAGCAGAGCAGAGCAGAGCAGCAGCCACAAAUGGCCGUCUCGCAUACCCCAUAAUAGUAUGUGUAUGUGAUACGACAGCACGGGCAGUUGAGUCGCGAGGCCGCAUUCGAAGUUGAGUUUGAUAGUCCAUGUGAUUCACCGAUUAGGCCGGAGUCGACAUCUGGUUGAUGUUGUGCUGGCAAUAGCUAUCAUAAAGUCGUCGAAGACGCGAUGGAUGACUGAUGAAGUGUUUGAUUUGCAAAGAUCCGGAAGCUGCCAAAUGUGGUCCAUCUGUGACCUUGUUGCAAAACCGACGACCAGCAACAAGAAAACUCAAGUGACGCAGGCCGAGUACCCAUUUUUGAUUCCAAUCCCUUAACUGUCGCAAUCACACUAAACUCCUGUGUGAGCAGAGCCCGAUUCAGUCUGCUGUGGUCCAUGAAAGAUAAGAAAACAACGAGUAAACAACAGAUAACAGAAGAAAAUUGAACAAGCAAAGUUACGGGGUUAGUAGAGGAAAGGAGAAUGGACGUGUGAUCCCAAAGACUGAUCUUUCAGUCGAGUCGUGGCAAACAUCAGUUAUGCGUUUACUGGAUGUUGCGAUCGGGAGCGCCUGGGAGGGUUAGCGGGUACAUAAUUGGGAGGACGUCAGUAGUAGGUCGAACCUCCAUAGGCAUCGCGUGUCUC